AUGUCUUACCUUCCAGAGCUCCCUGACUACGUGCCAGGAUCUGUUCUCAUCGUCUGCCUAUGCCUGCCGACGGCCGAUGAUGGCCGGAAACGGCUCGAUGAUGAGCUGCAGCGCUAUUUCGGGAAGCGGGAGCGGAAGACCAAAAAGAUACCCGGUCUAGAAGUUGUGUCCGUCAUCAGUUGCAACGGGCAGACAAGGCUAGACAAAGCGCAGAGCGACGCGUCCAUGGCUGAGCUUUUUGCUGCGGGGCGAAUGGCAAGAGAGAAGGGGUGGGCCAGUGUGGGCAUCGUCGAUAACCUUACCUACCGGGUACUAUGCGGCCAGUAUCUGCCUGGCGAGAACCCCAUGGAGACUUCAAUGGUCGUUCUGCAGACAGUCGAAAACGCCGAGAUCAAAGCGACCCGCUUCCCACUACCAACAGCUCUGUAUAUCCUGAGGAGUGGCAAACAAAUCGCCGUCAGACCGAGCAUUACGCGUUCCGAGUGUCAAAGCAUCUAUAGCUAUUACACAGACCUCUAUUCCCGCUUCAGCAUCACCCUGCAUGAUUGGAACCUUCCUCUCUUUCAAAACGACUCCGUCCGCUCGCACGCAUACGCCAAGACGGUUGACCGCGUCCUUUCCCUCAAGCCCUCGCUCCCCGCCGAGAUCAUCAACGCCAUCAGAGCCGAACUGGAUGCCCCCGAACCGCUCGAGUCUCUCACCGAAGCUCCCAUCCUUUUGAAAAACGACAAAAACACGCUCGAAUUUCAUGCCUUGGUCCCCUUUGCCGACAUGGCUGCCUCGACGGCUGCUCUGAACGACAUGGUCCGCGCAGUCAAUCCCGACAUGACGGCCGUGAUCUAUCCCUGGAAGGCGAGCUUCCUGCCCGCCACGCGCCGCGACUUCUGGCGCCUCUGGCAGCGCAUCCUGCUGUCUGACGACGACCCGAACUACCCCGUCGCGCUCUUUCUCGACACCGACCCUGCCACGGGAAACAGGUACGACGACAACGGCGGCAGCAAGAAGAAUAAGAAGAAAGAGAAGAAGGAAAAGAAGGAAAAGAAGGAAAAGAAGGAAAAGAAGGAAAAGAAGGAAAAGAAGGA